AUGCUGAAGGACAUGGGAGAAGUGGGUCACGUGGUGUGGUGUGCGGAUGGAUGGAGCAGCAGCAGCAGCAGCAGCUGGGUGGCCACAUCCACGAGGAAGAGCAAGAAGAUGCCCAAAUCUCCACCGUGCGCGUCCCCAUGGUCCUCCAUGUGGCUGGCAUCUUUGGCUACUUUGAUGGUGCAGUCGGUGCUCUCUUCCUCCUACUCGUCUUCCUCCUCCUCCUCCUCCUCAUACCAGAGAGCUGCAGCCGGUGGGAAGCGACCGGGCUUCAUGGAGAGGACGCUGGUUCUUCUGGAUGUCAACACCCGCAGUCCGAUUAGAGUGCUCAACGACAACUUCCUUUCUUUGCAGCUGGAUCCCUCGAUCAUCAAGGACGGGUGGCUGGACUUUCUGAGCUCCAAGAGGCUCGUGACCCUGGCGCGCGGCCUCUCCCCUGCCUUUCUGCGUUUCGGUGGAAAGCGGACAGACUUCCUGCAGUUCAACAACCAGAAGAACCUCGCUAAGUUCAGAGGCCCGGGACCGGACUAUUACCUGAAGAACUACGAGGACGAUAUAGUGCGCAGUGACAUUGCACUGGACAAGCAGAAGGGCUGCAAACUGGCCAGCCAUCCUGACAUAAUGCUGGAGCUGCAGAGGGAGAAGGCGGCCACCACACAGCCUGUCCUGCUGAAAGAGCAACUGAGCAACAUCUACAGCAAUAUAACAAUAACAGCCAGGUCUUUAGACAAACUGUACAACUUUGCCGACUGCGCUGGACUGCACCUGAUCUUUGGACUUAAUGCGCUGCACAGGAACCCAGACAACUCCUGGAACACGUCCUCCACCCUGAGCCUCCUGAAGUACAGCGCUGGCAAAAAGUACAAUAUCUCCUGGGAGCUGGGCAACGAGCCUAAUGCCUACCGCAGCAUGGUGGGUCGUGCGGUCAACAGCACCCAGCUGGCUCAGGACUACGCAAAGCUGCGGACCCUGCUGCAGUCUGUGCGCUACUACCACCGUGCUCAACUCUACGGCCCCAACGCAGGACGUCCCCGGAAAAACGCCAUCUUGCUGCUGGAUGGGUUCAUGAAGAAUGCUGGCUCUGUUGUUGAUGCAGUUACGUGGCAACAUUAUUACAUGGAUGGCAGAGUGAACAAAGCAGAGGACUUCCUAAAAACUCGUCUGUUGGACACACUGACCGAGCAGAUAACUAAAGUCACCAAGGUGGUGAACACACACACUCUUGGUAAGAAGGUGUGGCUUGGUGGACUGGGGCCGGCGUGGGCUGGAGGCAGCAGUAAUCUCUCUGACACUUAUGCUGCUGGCUUUCUGUGGGUGAACACAUUGGGCAUGGCUGCUGUACAGGGGAUAGAUGUCGUGUUGCGUCACUCCUUCUUCGACUAUGGAUACACGCACCUUGUGGAUCAGCACUUUAACCCUUUACCUGAUUACUGGUUUUCUCUAGUGUUCAAGCAUCUGGUCGGUCCGAGAGUUUUAGCGGUGCGGGUGGCUGGACUACAGAGGAAGCCACAGCCGGGACGAGUGAUACGAGACAAGCUGCGAAUCUACGCCCACUGUACCAGCUACUACAAUCAUAACUACGUGAGAGGCUCCAUAACAAUCUACAUCAUCAAUCUGCAUCGGUCGCGAAAGAAAAUCAAGCUGGCGGGAACUUUACGGAACAAAACUGUCCAUCAGUACCUGCUGCAGUCUUACGGCGCUGACGGACUCAGAGCUAAAUAUGUCCAGCUGAACGGGGAGAAGCUGCUAAUGUCGGACAAUGAGACAUUCCCAGAGUUAAAGCCUAAAACACUGAGGGCUGGACGGACCAUAACUUUGCCCCCCACAAGCAUAGGCUUUUAUGUCAUCAAAAAUAUCAACGCAUACGCCUGUCGGAGAUAACACCAACCCCUGAUGAUGCUCAGAGGUCAAAUAAACCGCUGAGCCUCGACUAAAAGGCUCUUCUUAUUUAGUUUUUUUUGCCUCUUAUGUUUAGGGAAACAGAAGGAGGUCAGAAUUAGGAGUGGGGUUGUUUUGUGUUUGGCUCAAGGACACCGACAGCAGAGUGGACACAUGGCUUGAAUACAGCACAAUCCUCUGGUUUAACAACAGCUUCUUCAACCGUUACUUUUUUUUAUUGGUAACAUUUCUGUCAGAGAUUAACAUGAACCCAUUCCUUCCCGUGUUUUUUUCUCUUCUCUGGUCCAGUGAAAGAAAAAAAAAUAAUAAUAAUAAUUGCCCAAGACACACAACACGGGCUGCACUGAACACUUUUCUCUUGUUUUCACCAGCAAUUCCUCAGCUACACGACAGUGUGUAGAGACAGUGGUUAUCAUUGUGUGCCUUUGUUUGAAGUUUGUGUUUUGGGAGUGUCUUUUUGUAAAGUGUUCACAAGAUGUUCUUUGAGUUGAUUAAGCUAUAUUUUUUUUCCACUCAUUGUCAAAUCUAGGGUUUCUUUUUUAUCCGUGUCUGCCGAGAGUUUUUCUUUUCCUUUUUUUUUUUUUUUUGCUUGUCUUUCAUUGACAGACAAAAAUUAUGAGCGAAAACUCUGAGCAGGCCGCAUUUCUGAGGCAUACAAAUGUCAGAUUUAGUUCAUUUGAUGCUUUACAUAGAGAGAGAACGCCAAGGUGUGUGUAUGAGGUCAGUCCUGGACUAACCAGAAGUGUGUGUACGUAUGUGUGUGUGUUUUAUUGUUAAAGCUACUGAUGUGUACGUCCAGUCUGUUUGAUGUGCUGCUUAGUGUGUUAAUGUUUCUUCCUCUGCCAUAUCAGGUGGCUUCAAGGGAAAAAUCUGUGUCUUGUUUUGUUUUUUUCAUCGUGUGUGUUUUCUGUUGUUUUUUUUUUCUUAUGUUUUUUGUAUCACUGCUUCUCUGCUGCGGGUUUCAAUUUAAAGUCAGAGUUGCAUGGCCAGAAAAUGAUGCUGGUGCUGUUUUGCAGCAGAUGCACAGAUGAAGGACAUGGAGAACACAUCCAUCCGUAUCGUCUGUCCUCACAUUUCCUGCAUCCACACAGACAAAAAUCUGGCAUUACUUUCUAAAAAAAAAAAAAAUCCCAGUUUUCAGGUGUAUUUGAACCUAUCUUAACUAUAUCUCCCCAGUGUGAUCUCACAUUUCAAUAAUUAUCUAAUGCUGCUCUAAAUAACAUUGUAUUUUACACAAUUGUGUACAGUUUUAUUGUCAUAUAUUAUUUGAUCAUGUGUUGUAUGUAAAAAAAGAAUAAUGAAAAUAAGCAAUUUACUUACGGUGUACACCUAAUUUAUACGAUUCUUUGUAUUUCUUUCAUAAAGGACUCAGUUAUGUUUUGUGGUACUGAAAACCCCAACAUAAAAGAUAACAUGGAUUUUAUUUCACAAUAUUUCAACCAUUUUCAUGAUAAGCUUGUUAUUCCCUAAUCUAGAAGCGUGGUGAAAAACAAGGCCUGGAAUAAUGUGGUUUAUUAAUCUGUGACAUGGACGAGGAAAACGAUACGAGCAGGCGCAUGUUAAAAAAUGUAAAGAUUAUUUUUCCUCUGAAUGUUUUAUAGUUAAUGUAGAGAUGUUUAUAUUUCUUUUUGAAGAGCAUUAUUUUAUUAUAUGAAGUGUGUGCCUACAUAUAUAUAUAUAUAUAUAUUAUUUUGUUAAAAGAAAAAGUUUACAUUGAUAAUAAACACCUACAAAUGCCUAA